AUGUGAUACGUGGUUGUAUGGAUGUCUUCAGUUGGACAGAUAUCCGAAGACAGAGCUGCAGCUGGGCUCUACGGAAGUCUUGCGUCAAGGAUCCUCACGUUUAAAGUCAUGGCGCAAGAUUUGCAAAGGAAGGAAGACUUGAGCAAGACAGACUUGGCCAUCCUCGCACACCGCAAGGAGCUGGCCAAAGCUCAGGUGAUGGUGCACACUUGGUUGCAGCAGAAUGGUUUCGAUGACCUGAAUCGCUCCAAGGGUUUCCUCAUCAUUACCUAUCCGUUGCAUGAAGCAGUGAAACAGGAAAAUGCCUACAUCGUCUGCAAGCUCCUGAUGUUUGGUGCCAACCCGAAUGCUCGUAACACCUGGAAUCGCAUGGCCGAUGAGUAUGUUGGCCCCACGAGUCAUCCAGCGAUUCGCUCUGCCUUCAGCAGGUCCCGCGAGCACAAGAGCCUGAUCUCAGAAGCCUCCUCCUCACUGGAGCGGUUUCCUCCGCCCCGUGGCUUCGAGCAGUUCUUCGCGGAUCUGGAACAAUCGGAUCCAUUGGUGGUGUCCAGCAGCGAACAGCGCUGGUUGCGUGUUUGCGGACCCCGAGCUUGUCGGCGGCAGUUCUGAGAUGUUCUACGCGGCCCUCGGGUAGAAAAAGGAUUCGAUGGCCAUCUAUGGUCACGGGAGCGAU